GAUGCAACCCGUCCCGCCGCCCGCCACAGCCUGCGGGAGGGACGCUCGGCGGCCGCGACGGGGGGCGCUGGCGGCGGCGGACGCUGCAGCGGCGGCGGGGCUGGCGCCGCGGCGGCUCCCGGGCCGGGACAGGCCUGGGCACCGGGCGGCAGCGGCGCGGAGCGGGCACGGCGCCUGCAGCCGGGCCCCGGCCCCGGGGGCGCCGCCUCCGCCCGCAGAUUCUUCUGCACGGGAUGGAGAGGCUGGUGGAAGGAGAAAUCAACCGACCCCCUUGGGUCAUCUCCAGUUGCAAGAUGGCCUGGCCCUUGCCCAGGGUGCUGCCCUCCCUGUUGGAAUCCAGGGCAUGGGGCUAUGGCCCGACCACGUGUGCCCAGGGCAAAUGUACUCAGGCUGGCCUGCCACUCCUCCUGCUAUGAUGCCUGGGCAGAUCCCGGACCCUUCGGUGACCGCAGGCUCCCUGCCAGGGCUUGGCCCCCUGACCGGGCUCCCCAGCUCGGCCCUGACUGUGGAGGAGCUGAAAUACGCUGACAUCCGCAACCUCGGGGCCAUGAUUGCACCCUUGCACUUCCUGGAGGUGAAACUGGGCAAGAGGCCCCAGCCCGUGAAAAGUGAGCUAGAUGAGGAAGAGGAGCGAAGGAAAAGGCGCCGGGAGAAGAACAAAGUCGCAGCAGCCCGAUGCCGGAACAAGAAGAAGGAGCGCACGGAGUUUCUGCAGCGGGAAUCCGAGCGGCUGGAACUCAUGAAUGCAGAGCUGAAGACCCAGAUUGAGGAGCUGAAGCAGGAGCGGCAGCAGCUCAUCCUGAUGCUGAACCGACACCGCCCCACCUGCAUCGUCCGGACCGACAGUGUCAAGACCCCUGAGUCAGAAGGCAACCCGCUGCUCGAGCAGCUCGAGAAGAAGUGACCAUGGGCUGGGAGGAGGUGGAGGAGGAGGAAGAGGAGGAAGAAAAGUGACAAAGAGGGAGGGGGAGGGGGGCCCCAGAUGGCCCUUCCUUUGGUGUGUGAAAAACUGUACAAUGAGGUUCAGCACAGCCAGCAUCAGCCGAGCUUUUUUGUGAAACUCAGAUCAGCCACCCAGGAGGAAGAGCGGGCUGAGGAAACCCAGAGGGACCAAGCGCUGAGACCAAAGUUGACCCUCGGGUAGGGUUGUCCUGCCUGGGGCCCCACUUGAAGGAGGCGGGACAGAGGCGCCGAGGCCAGGGAGACAGACACCCAACAAGGCAGCCCUGGGCUCUUCUCCGGCCUCUUCACCAGGGCACCCUUCCGAGGAACCUCUGAACAGCCAGGAAAAGCCAUGAGUUGCAACCAAAAUAUGGCUGAGGAUGGAACUCAGAAUGAAACUGCAACCCACCUGCCCCCAGCCCUGCCCCUCACCCUGAUUCGAAGCUGGAGAGGGGCAUGCUGCGGGGCCCUGAUGCCCCCACCCACCUCGGUCCAGCGCGGCCCUGCCCAGGAGGCGGCAGCCGGGCGCACCCUCGCCAGCCCUGCUGGAGUUUGCUGUGGGCACUGAGGCGCGGGCGCCCUUCCAAAGCACAUACUCACCGAAUGUUUACAGACUGGCUGUCCUGGCAGGGCUUUCAACUGCACAUGUUUUUUAUACUUUCCUUUUUUUUUUUUUUAAUAUUUUUUACAAAAAAAAGAUUUUAUACAAGCAAUAUAUAUAUGGAUUUCUAUAAUCACUCGAUGUGAUACAGUAUAAAUAUGCUAUGGUUUGUUUGUUAUGAACAGAUAGCCACCAGUUACGGCCGUUGUGUGUAACUCCUAAGUACUGUAGUCUCUGGGUGUCGGGGGUGGCCAGGGCGGGGGCGGGGUGCAUUUCCAUCCUUGUAAACCCUUCAUAGUACUCAGUCCUGUAUCGCUCAGUAAACAUUGCUCUUACUUACA